CAGUUCGCCGUAUUAUUUUGCGGUAAAUCUAUUAAAAAAAUAUUGUUUUGUCAUUCUGCUGAGUAAUUUUGAGUAAUUAAUUGAUAUUCCAAUUAUUCAUUAAUUAUUAAGUAUUAUUAAAACAUAAAAAAUAAUAAAUUUACCAUUACACAAGUUAUUAAACAAUUUAAAGUAGCAAAAUGAAUGUUCAAAAAUUUCAACAACUUACUGUUUCAAUAUUAAAUAAGCAAAAUAUAAAGCCCUUGACGUUGAAGAAUAUCAUUAGAAAUGCAUCAACAGCAGUGAAACAAAAGCUAGAGGAGGAGGUUAAGAAUAAUAAAAAACCCAAAACUGGUAUAUUGAUGAUGAAUAUGGGUGGACCAACAAAUACAGAUCAAGUUGGUGAAUAUUUAUUGAGAAUUAUGACAGAUAGAGAUAUGAUUCAACUUCCAAUUCAAAGCAAACUUGGACCAUGGAUUGCUCAAAGAAGAACUCCAGAUGUAAAGAAAAAGUAUGAAGAGAUAGGAGGUGGUUCUCCAAUCCUAAAAUGGACUAAUCUACAAGGAGAAUUGAUGUGUAAACAAUUGGACAAGAUUUCUCCACAGACUGCGCCUCAUAAAUAUUACGUAGCAUUUAGAUAUGCUGAUCCUUUAACAGAUGUAGCACUUCAGAAAAUAGCUGAAGAUGGUGUGAAACAUACUGUGAUAUUUUCUCAAUAUCCACAAUACAGCUGUGCUACAUCAGGAUCAAGUUUUAAUGCGAUUUAUAAUUAUUACAAAACAAAAGGAUUACCGGAAAAUAUGAAGCUAAGUAUUAUCGAUCGAUGGCCAACACACCCACUCUUGGCAAAAACAUUUGCAGAACGGAUUAAAGAAGAGUUGAAGCAUUUUCCGGAACAGAUAAGAAGUCAAGUUACUAUUUUAUUCUCAGCACAUUCGAUACCAUUGAAAGCUUUGAACCGUGGAGAUCCUUAUCCAAGUGAAGUAGCUGCAACGGUUCAUCUAGUUAUGCAAGAAUUAAAGUAUUGUAAUCCUUAUCAUCUUGUUUGGCAAUCAAAAGUCGGUCCUUUACCAUGGCUUGGUCCAUUCACCGAUGAUGCCUUAAAAGGAUAUGUUAAACAAGGGAAAAAGUACUUUAUUCUAGUACCAAUAGCUUUUGUUAAUGAACAUAUUGAAACGCUACAUGAAAUGGAUAUUGAAUAUUGUGAAGAUUUAGCUAAAGAGUUGGGAAUUGAAAAAAUACGUCGAGCAGCUGCACCAAAUGAUCAUCCUAUUUUUAUCGAUGCUUUAACAGAUAUUGUUUCUAAUCAUCUACGAUCUAAUGAACCAAUUACUCCUAAAUUUAUGACGCGCUGUCCUCACUGUGUUAAUAAAAAUUGUGAAUUGAGUAAACAAUGGUAUUCACAACAUUGUAAGUUCUAAUAAUAAAUCAACAUUUAUUAUAAAAUAAUCGAAACAAUAUUUUUAUAAUAAAUUUCAUUAGAAUAAAAUUGAAAAAUAUUUUCAAGGUUUCAAUUUUAUUGUAAGCUAGGUUAUUAAAAACUUGAAUUAUGAUUGAAAGAGAGGUUUCAAAAUAUUGGUUGAAGAAAUUGUAAGUUUUGAAAAAAUACGUUAUAUUAUGUUAUUUAACGUAGUGUAGUACAUUACUAUUAAAAGAGUGGAAAAGUUAAACUUGACCACUUUUAAUUGAAGUUGUGAUUGAAAUGUCUGCAGUAUAAUAUGAUCAAUUACUUCAAUAACAAUCUUUAAACUUAUUUUUUUAGUA